AUUUGUCAUCCAUGCAGCAAGAUGGCGACGGGGCAACAGUGGGUGUUGGUAGAAAUGGUCCAGGCUUUUUAUGAGGCUCCAGCAUACCAUCUGAUUCUAGAAGGAAUUCUUAUUUUGUGGAUAGUGAGACUGCUUUUCUCCAAAACCUACAAACUUCAGGAACGUUCUGACCUUACAGAAAAGGAAAAAGAAGAGCUUAUUGAGGAAUGGCAGCCAGAGCCACUUGUCCCACCAAUAUCAAAAGACCACCCUGCUUUUAACAAUAAUAUUGUCACAGGCCCUCCAACUCACAAUAUAGUGGUUAAUGGUAAAAAAUGUAUAAACUUUGCAUCCUUUAAUUUUCUUGGAUUGCUAGACAAUGAAAAAGUCAAGAAUGCGGCUUUAGCUUCAUUGAAGAAAUAUGGUGUUGGUACAUGUGGACCACGAGGAUUUUAUGGAACUUUUGAUGUUCAUUUAGAAUUGGAAGACAGAAUUGCUAAGUUUAUGGGAACAGAAGAAGCUAUUAUUUAUUCAUAUGGAUUUGCCACAAUAGCCAGUGCCAUUCCAGCAUACUCAAAGAGAGGAGAUCUUGUCUUUGUGGAUGAAGCUGCAUGCUUUUCUAUUCAAAAGGGCUUGCAAGCUUCACGAAGCAACAUCAAAUAUUUUAAGCACAAUGAUAUGGAUGACUUGGAGCGGCUACUGAAAGAACAGGAACUUGAGGAUCAAAAAAAUCCUCGUAAAGCUCGAGUAACCAGACGAUUUCUUUUAGUGGAAGGACUAUACAUGAACACAGGAUAUAUUUGUCCUCUCCCAGAACUGGUCAAACUAAAAUAUAAAUAUAAAGUUCGAAUAUUCUUAGAAGAAAGCUUGUCCUUUGGGGUUCUAGGAGAGCAUGGACGAGGAGUAACUGAACACUUCGGGGUGAAUAUUGAUGACAUUGACCUUAUAAGUGCAAAUAUGGAGAACUCCUUGGCUUCCAUUGGUGGAUUCUGCUGUGGAAGAUCCUUUGUUAUUGAUCAUCAGCGGCUCUCUGGACAAGGCUAUUGUUUCUCAGCAUCAUUGCCACCUAUGCUUGCCUCUGCUGCUAUCGAGGCUCUAAAGAUAAUGACAGAUGACCCAGAUAUUUUCAGAUUAUUAAGACAAAAGUGUCACCGAAUUCAUUGGGCAUUACAGGGCAUCCCUGGUUUGAAAGUUGUUGGUGAUUCAUUUUCUCCAGCUAUUCAUCUGCAGCUGACAAGAAGCAGAGGAUCACGAGAGAAUGAUGUCAAAUUAUUGCAGGAGAUUGUCGAUUAUUGUUUGAAUCGUGGGAUUGCAUUAACUCGAGCACAUUAUUUGGACAAGGAGGAAAAGGUUUUGCCUCCACCCAGUAUUCGGGUGGUGGUUUCGGUAGAAUUGACGGAGGAAGAAUUGGAUACAGCUGCAGCAUUAAUCAAGGAAGCAUCAGAACACAUCUUGCAAUAGAAUGAUCUGAUAUUUGAUUAUUUUGUGGACUAGAAAUCUGACAUGGAUGUCAUGCCAUAAAGGACUGAACUUGCAGAAUGUGCUGAAAGACAUCAAAACUGAAAAUAAAGAUGAGUAUGCACAGUAAAUGAAUUUAAUGUAUUUUACUUUUGACACAUUUUGUAAAAUGAUGGAUAUUGUACUUAAACCUGAGUACGUUUGUCUGAGAAGUAAGUACAAAAAUUAUUAUCUCAGUUUGGCCAGCUGAGGACCUGGAUAGCUUCAUCUCUAAAAAUCUCUUGUCCAAAAUGUUGUUUUAUUUUUUUCAUAUUUUUCCAAUAUUUGUGAGAAUUUUGUGCAUAUAGAGAAAUAUUCUAAAGAAACUAGUUGGUAUUAAUGAGAAAUUGAUAUAAAGAUUUCGUAAGAUGUAUAUGGAGCUGGAAUACAUUGCCUAUUUAAGAUUACCAACUUUAUUAAUAUUACUAUAGAAGAUAAUUCUCCUGCUAUAUGUAAAUUUGGUUUGUCACACAAUUACAAAAAUUAACCUAUUUGACAAGUCUUAAAUUAUUUUUAGUUAUUACUCCUUUAUUUUAGAAUUAAGGUACCUUAAUAGUUGUUAAUAGACUUUUAGUUUAAACAAAGUAUAUGGUUAUGUAAUCACCCAUGUGACAGCAAUGGCUUAAUUUGAUUGAAGCUAGAUUGUAGGAUCAGAGUGGCUCAGGAAAACCAUGCUGACAAGCUGUCAUAAUGCAGUCAUUAUAUUCAAAGUUCACUUGUGAACCUCCAUGAAAGGGUGGCUAAAUUUCUCAUCUCCAUUUGGGCUGCAGAUUAGUCCUCGCUAUUUUCCUUAUUCAAAAUAUUGUAAAAUAUAUUGGAAUCUGGGAAGAGAUGGACAUGACCCUGCCACUUUCAAUGUACUGAUCCAUUUCUUACUGUAAUACUAUGUGCAACACCUCUCAACAGAUUAGUGUGUUUCCAUCAGGAUGUUGCAGUGUUUCUUUUAGUCUCUGGUUCACCCAUUGAUAUUUCUGUAAUGCAGAAAUUUGCACAGUAAAGUUACAGUUUUGUCAUAUAAUGUUAUUGAAGGUUACUAUCAGCAUCAUUUUGUAGGAAAUCCAGAAAAGUAUGACAUUUUUGUGCUGUUCAGAUUUAUAGAAUGUUUGUUUUCAGAUAAAGUUGGUUUCAUCUAUUUUAGUAUUGGUUUACAGGAUUUGCAGCACUAAGUGCAAGAACUGUGCAUGAUUUUUCAAAUGCCUCUAACUGUAGGAAUAAUUACUCCAAAUUUUUAUUUAAAAUCGAAUGAAAAGAGCAAAAGUAUUAGGUAUUCUUGGUGACUGGGGAGGAUAUUUUUGUAAUCUGUUUUUUAUUGUUAAAUUUGUUGUAUUUCUUUAUCCAGGACUCAGAACAUCAGGUCUUUCCUACUGAUUUUUUUUCCCUCUACUGGAUAGGCUUGUCUGUUUACAGAUGCAUUUGUUAUAUACCUCUGCUUAUAACUGCACUGUACAUGUGCAUUGGAAAAUUGCACAACACUAUAUGAAAUUGCGACUGGUGUUUUUCAUUGGAGUUAAAAUAUGGGUACCAUUGUAAUCUUGCAGUUGACAUGCCAGCUGUACAAUAAAACCAAAUAUCACAAGUAAAAAUCUGUAUACAUUUUUUAUUCUUACCAAAAUGUACCAUAAUAAAAAGAUUAUACUGU